AUGUCGGCACUUCGCAACAUCAACGGGCUGAAGGCCAUCGUCAGUGGCGGCGCCUCGGGUCUGGGAUUUGGCGCUGCAAAGGUGCUCGCUAGUCAAGGAGCGAAAGUCGCCAUCCUUGAUCUCCCCACAUCGAAGGGAAACGACGUGGCCAAAGAGCUGGGCAGCAACGUCAUCUUCGCCCCGGUCGACAUCUCCAAGGAGGAGCAAGUGAAGGCCGCCUUCGACACGGUCAAGGAGAAAUUCGGAGGAUGCGAUGCAGUGGUGAAUUGCGCCGGAAUCGCGCACGCCUACAAGCUCUACUCGGUAAAGAAGCAAAAGAUGGCGGAAUUCGAUAAGACGAGACAAACGAUCGAGGUGAACGUGCUCGGCAGCUUCCAUAUGGCGCGUUACGCGGUGGCACUCAUCGGCGAGAACAAGGCCGACGAGCACAACCAACGAGGCGUUUUCAUCAACACCGCUUCGGUCGCCGCUUUUGACGGACAAAUUGGGCAGUCCGCCUACUCGGCCUCAAAAGGAGCCAUCGUCUCGAUGACUCUACCAUUGGCGAGAGACCACGCCGAGGACGGAAUCCGCUUCAUGACGAUCGCCCCCGGGCUGUUCAACACCCCGCUACUCGCCGGGCUCCCGGAGAAGGUCAAGAAGUUCCUCUCCCAGCUCGUGCCGAACCCUUCGCGAAUGGGCGAGCCAGAGGAGUACGGGGCGCUGGUGAAGCAUAUCAUCGAAAACAGGUAUCUCAACGGAGAAGUCAUCCGGCUGGACGGCGCCCUACGCAUGCCGCCAAUACGCCAGUGUACAAAGGGCUACGCGUCGGUUACGCAAUUUUCCGGCGUCGGCUGCCUCGCGCUGGUGAUGGCACAGCCUCACUUUUCGCUAGAUGACUUCCAGAAGUUGGAGAAGAUCGGCGAAGGCACUUAUGGAGUCGUCUACAAGGGGCGCAACAAGAAGACCAACCAGACGGUCGCCAUGAAGAAAAUCCGGCUCGAGGCAGAAGAUGAAGGCGUCCCCUCGACGGCCAUCCGUGAGAUCUCGCUACUCAAGGAGCUGAAGCACCCGAACGUCGUCGCACUGGAGGACGUGAUCAUGCAGGAAAACCGCCUCUACUUGAUCUUCGAAUUCCUCUCGAUGGACCUCAAGAAGUUCCUCGACCAGCUGCCCGCACGAACAAUGCUCGACGCUGUGACGAUGCAGAGCUACAUGUUCCAGAUCUUGCAGGCCAUGUGCUUCUGUCAUCAGCGCCGUGUCAUCCACAGAGAUCUGAAGCCACAAAAUCUGCUGGUCGACGGGAAAGGAGGAAUAAAGCUCGCCGACUUUGGGCUGGCCCGCGCUAUCGGAAUCCCGGUGCGCAUCUACACACACGAGGUCGUAACACUAUGGUACAGGGCCCCCGAAGUGCUACUCGGCAGCAAGCGUUACUCGAUGGGCGUCGACAUGUGGAGCAUCGCGUGUAUCUUCGCAGAGAUGGCCACAAAGAAGCCCCUGUUCCAAGGCGACUCGGAGAUCGACGAACUCUUCCGCAUAUUCCGCAUCAUGGGCACGCCGACCGAGGAGGAGUGGAAGGGUGUCUCGCAGCUCGACGACUUCAAGGCCACCUUCCCCAAGUGGAAGUACAGCGGCGGACUCGAAGACACGCUCAGCAAGCAUCUCAACAAAGAGGGUCUCCAUUUGCUCCGGGAAAUGCUCAUCUACGACCCGUCGCUGCGCAUCUCAUCGAAGCGUGCCCUGCAACACCCCUACUUUGACGACAUUGACUCGAACAUGCUGCCCGCUGGAAACUACCGCGGUGAAUUGAUCCUGAAU